UCGGUGCUUGUUUGAUGUGACUUGGCAACACCUUGGCUUCCUUCAGCUCCGCAACAAACACCGAUAAUUUCAAAUCAGCAUAGAAAAAUUGCAAUACACGACCCUCUGACUCGAUCAAGCCGAUCAACGCCGAUAUCCAGUCAGUUUCAAUUGGAUCAAUAUAUGAUGAGCUCGUCGGUAAUCGUGUGUUAGGAGGUUUUGAACGCACGCGUAGAAGCGAUUGUUUCUUAGAUUGAAGGAGAAGCCAACUCAAAUGCCGGAGGAGGAUUUGGUUGAUAUAAAGUUCAGGUUGUAUGACGGAUCCGAUAUUGGGCCAUUCCGGUACUCGUCGGCAUCUACUGUCGAUAUGUUGAAGCAGAGAAUAGUAACCGAUUGGCCCAAAGGAAAAACAAUUACACCUAAGACAGUGAAUGAAGUCAAACUGAUAAGCUCUGGUAAAAUUUUGGAUAACAACAAGACAGUUAAUCAGUGCAAGAACCCAUUUGGUGAUGUAGCUGGCGGAGUAAUCAUUAUGCAUGUUGUUGUACAGCCAUCCCUAGCCAAAACUAAAACAGAAAAGAAGGUUGAUGAUUCACCCAGGAAAAUUGUAUGUUCGUGUUCCAUAUUGUGAAGGGACAAGACACUCAGAUUUCAUCACUGUUAACAAGUCCGUGCAGUGAUCAAGUUUUUUUUUCUUGUCUUUUCAAAAAAAAUUUCGUUGUUCUUUUGGUUCCCUCCUUAUUACAUAGCUUGAAUCAUUUGUAGCAGUAUGGAAAGCUGUAUAGCCCCAUUAAUGUAAAAACAUUGUCACGAUCAAAUUUACAAAGAAAUGCUUGUGGUGUUAAUUUUCUGCUA